AUGUCCUAUUGUGCUCUCUUUCGCGUGCAGUUCUUCUGUCUUCUCUUCAGGUUCAUAGAAGCAAAAAUGGGUCGAGUAGAUGCAGCUGGUUCCAAGGGUAAGAAGAAGGGAUCUACAACCUUCACCAUCGACUGCGCUAAGCCUGUAGAGGACAAGAUCAUGGACAUUGCUUCUCUCGAGAAGUUUCUUCAAGAGAGGAUUAAGGUUGGUGGUAAGGCCGGUGCUCUGGGUGAUGCUGUUACUGUUUCUCGCGAGAAGAGCAAGAUCACUGUUACCUCUGAUAGCAACUUCUCCAAAAGGUAUCUCAAGUACUUGACCAAAAAGUACUUAAAAAAACACAAUGUCCGGGACUGGCUCCGUGUCAUUGCUUCUAACAAAGACAGAAAUGUUUAUGAGUUGCGAUACUUCAACAUCGCAGAGAAUGAAGGAGAAGAAGAGGAUUAG